CCCUCGCCGUCGACGGCCUCGCGAUUCUUCUUCUUCCCUCCGGCAGCGAGACAAUUAGGAACUCGGUGCUGCUCGUCGGCGGCGCCGGGGCAUGGGUGGUCGCCACCGUAUAAAACUUACUCCGGGAAACACACCUUAAUUCGCCGGGCCCACGAAACAGCCUCACGGUACAACACCUUAAUACGAUCCUUUUCUGAAGCUUCACCUUAACACGGCACCCGCCCCGUCAGAAAUUCCCCCUCGCGAGCGGACUCGCUCCGACGGCAACCAACCACCGUCGCUGCUCGAGCCUCUGCGGCCUCCCUGCGAGGGUUGAUUUUCGAUCUGCUUCGGAUUCGGCUGCUGAUUUGCGCGGGGACGGUUCGGCGGCGAGCAGCUGAGCAGCGACCAUGAGCGAGGUGUUCGAGGGUUACGAGCGGCAGUACAGCGAGAUCUCGGCCUCCCUCUCGCGCAAAUGCGCCGCCGCCUCCGCCCUCGAUGCCGAGAAGAAGAAGCAGAAACUGUCCGAGAUCCAGUCCGACGUGCAGGAAGCUGAAUCGCUGAUCAGGAAGAUGGAUUUGGAGGCGCGGAGCCUGCAGCCGAGCGUGAAGGCAGGGUUGCUGGCUAAAUUAAGGGAGUACAAGUCAGAUCUGAACAAUAUCAAGAGUGAGAUCAAAAGGAUCUCGGCGGCUAAUGCCCAACAGGCUACCCGGGAGGAGCUCCUCGAGGCCGGCAUGUCUGACACACUUGCGGCGUCAUCUGAUCAGAGAGGAAGACUGAUGAUGACAUCAGAAAGAUUGAACCAGUCUACAGACAGAAUUAGAGAGAGCCAGAGAACAGUAUUCGAGACAGAAGAAAUAGGUGUGUCAAUUCUUCAGGACCUUCACAAUCAACGACAGUCACUGCUGCAUGCUCACACAACAUUGCAUGGUGUGGAUGACUACAUUGGGAAAAGCAAAAAGAUCCUGGCAUCGAUGUCCAAGAGGAUGGACAGGAACAAGUGGAUCGUCGGCGGCAUCAUUGCAGCGCUUGUUCUCGCCAUCCUCUUCAUAUUGUACUUCAAGUUCGCUCGCUAGAGCUAAGAUUCGCCCCCCCCCCCCCACCCCCAAGCCAUUCCAAUAUGUGCUCAAGCUAAAUAUUUGUUCCCCUCAAACUACCCUGUGUCCGAGGAGGGUGUGUGGAAUGUGGUGUACAGUUAACCAUGGAAAACAUGAACUGUUUCAAAGAUGUUUGAGAAUAGAUAAUCAUUGAUACCCAUUGAUCAACCUCAAGGUUUUGCA